GAUGGCGUGUGGGGAUGAGUAAUAUCGUAAUAUCUCGAGCGAAACUGUCAUGUCAAUUGAACGAGAACGAAAAAGAUAGCCUUUAUUCUUCCCAUCUUCCAAUUCGAGUGACAGAAACAUAUUAUAAAUAACAAUAUAGCCUGUUUUAUGACAAGUUACUGAUUUGUCAUUUUAUUUAAUUCGUCGACAAAGAGCGACGCGUUAAAGCCGAUAUUUUAUUUUUGUGGUUAGGUUUUCACUUCUUCACAACGGGGGCCGAACAAUCAGCUAUGUCCGUUUCUCAAAUGGAAAAAAAUUUAUUCAAUUUGAAGUUUGCGGUAAAGGAGUUAGAGAGAAACUCGAAAAAAUGUGAGAAGGAGGAAAAAAUAGAGAAAACAAAGAUUAAGAAAGCAAUACAGAAAGGUAAUAUGGAAGGUGCUCGUAUCCAUGCAGAGAAUGCAAUUCGACAGAAAAACCAGGCCUUAAAUUAUCUUAGGAUGAGUGCCAGAGUGGAUGCAGUGGCUAGCAGAGUACAGACUGCACUCACAACUCGUAAAGUCACUCAGUCUAUGGCUGGUGUUGUUAAAGCCAUGGAUGCGGCAAUGAAAUCGAUGAAUUUGGAAAAAAUCUCUGGACUUAUGGACAAGUUUGAAAGUCAAUUUGAAGAUCUAGAUGUACAAAGUUCAUAUAUGGAAAAUGCUAUGUCGCAAACUACAACUACCAAUGUACCUCAAAAUGAUGUCGAUUCUUUGAUGCAGCAAGUUGCAGAUGAAGCUGGUCUGGAGCUGAACAUGGAGUUGCCCUCUGGUCAACUGGGCAGUAUCGGUACUUCGACAGCGGUGAGCCAAGAACAAGAUGAGUUGACACAGAGAUUGGCGCGACUCAGAGAGUAAUAGCAAAAUACUUUAUUGUAUAUAUACAUGAUUAAUAUAUAAUUAAAAUGUUUUAUAAGUUAUAUAAUAUAUUCCCAAUAUUACAAUAAUGUGCAUUACAAUGUUACAUAUGUGUAACAUAUAUUUUUUACAUUUCAUUAUUGGGAUAAUAAGUUCAAAUGAAAAAGUUAAAAGAGAAGAUUCUAAAUAACUUACUAUAUCUUUAGUUUAUAUGUGGCAACAAUAUCAAGCUUUAAUAUAAUGUAUUUCUUAGGAAAAUUAUAAAGAUUAGGUUCUAUCUUAAAGAUUUGCGCAGAAUAACAUUUUAAGAUAUAAAUAGUC